GUAGUUUUGUAUAUAACUUCGUAUUCGUCUUGGAUAUUCUCUGCACUUUUUCAAAUCUACAUUCUAGUACACUUCUGUUAUUGUCAGUGCCGAAGUAACAAUUUUCGUCCGAAAAUGUGGCGACAGCGUUUAUCGUUUUCCCUUGGAUUAUUACUUACGCUCACCUGGUCAGUUAAAGGUGAUGACUUCGGCUCCAGUCGGUUUUCCGACACUAACAGCCAGAGCGGUCGAUUUGACCGGGGCGGGCGUGUGAGCGGAAAUGUUGGUAGUAGCGCUGGCAGCCGCCGCGGGAGCGGCGAUUUUUCCGUGACCGGUAGCGACAAUAGCGACCGCUUUGCUCCGACUGACGAAAACUUCCGCCGUUUGACCACACAAGAUCCCCGUUUCGAUCGCAGUGGAAGCAGUGACCGUGACGUCUCGGAUAUGAUUGCCAACCGUGGAACAUCGUCUGACCGCAACUCCGGAUCCGACCGCUUCGGCAGUGGGGACAGCAACCGUGAUCGCAACACCGACCGUUUUGAUAGCGGAAACGGCAACAGCGACCGUUUUGGAAGCGGAAGCAAUAGCGACAGAAAUAGUGACCGCUUCGGCAGCAACACGGGAUCGCGUGGCUCCAGCUUUCCAGAGAACUACCGCGUGGAAGUGGACCUUGUCCGAAUGGAAAACAAGGGUGGCAUUUUGGCCAAUGGGAAAUCCUGUGAUGUUCUUAGCACUUGCGAUCCUAAGCUGUACGGAGAUAUCGAUCUAACUGGUACAGGAGCCUGGCCCAAAGAUCCCGCGUAUCAGAAAUGGACGGUCAUAUUUAAAGCGACCAACAACGAUAGUCCGAACAUUGCCAAAACGUUGCAGAAGGACGUGUGUCAGAACCGCGGUCAAUCCAGCUCUUCAAUUCAAGGAGUCAUGAGGGUCCGUGCUGUUGAUGAAGACAGUAUCACACAAGAAGAUGAUAUGGGCAAAUUUGACUGCGUUUUCACAUUGCGCCCGUCAGAUGUGAAACCAUCUGCCGCCGGCGUCCAAUGGAGCGAUGUACUUGAAUGCACCGGCUCUACACAAGUCGGCAAAAUAAAGCUUUUCGCCCGAACACGCGCUUACGAAAUCUCCACUUCCGCUUGCAACGCAAUGCGCAAUACCGUGAUUGAUACUCCCAAGAUUGGUUUAUAGAAUUAUCGCAGAAAGAAUUGAAAGUACGGUACUCGAUGCUGCCAAGGCGUAAACUAAGCAGUACCCUGGGUAUACGGCUGUAUGAUUUUGUUACCAGUGAUUAAAAUGUCAUCACAAAAAAAUGUCUCGACGUGCCUCGAAAAGAGCAAUUUUUUGAAAAUACUUACUUACUUUCUGUUUAAACUGUGCCCUUACAACUUUAACAUUCAAGUAAACCGCAGUUCAUGA